AUUGCAGACUUAAUAAGUUCUGUAACUGAACAUAUUUCUUUGAAUGAUGUUGCUUAAUCUCAGUCAUGUUAUGCAUAUUUAAUUUCUCAAUAAGUCUUAUAUUUGCUGUAUUUUUCAGUGCUUAAUUCCUCAUUGGUAACAAAAAGACAUCAUAGAUCAUGACGGUGUCAGAGGGAGAAGAUGAAUAUGAGGAACAGGAAGAACUUCUGUUUCUGGACCUCAAGGGAGUUGUUCAGUCUGAGAUCACUCAAGAGGCCUUGAAUAACUUCAAGUUGCUGGGCAUUCACACACCAAAUCCUAUUCUGCAGAUUGGUGGACUAAUAUUCCAAGGAGGCUUUGAACCAACCGUGGGAACAGCUGUGUUUUUUCAAGAGCAGCCACAGUCAGCCUCAACUCUGCCUCCCCUGCCCGUGUUUGCCAAGAGGCCCAAGAAGAUGCUUCAGUAUGCCUACAAAGCGCAUAAUAUGAUACAAAUGAAGCGUAUUUUUGUUAAACCCUUCAAGGAAAAUAGUGAAGCCCAACUGCUUGGAGAGGAUUGAUGUUCCAGUAGUCCAGAAAAUAUGCAUGAUAUAGGAGCUGAUAUGAGAUUUUCUGCUGUCUUGCUGUAAUAUUAAUAGUUUUAAUAUAGGUAACUAUUGUUAAUAGUUGAAUAAUAUCAACUUAUGAUAUGGAUUGGAGAGUGUUAAAUAUCUGAGUGUGGUCAACUAUUCCUUUUAUUACUUAUGGAUUGUUUACAUACGAUCAUCAAAGGCGUACUUAAGUGUAAUUAAAAAAAACUGUGGAGCAAUAAAAAACAUAAAUUUUGCUAUUAAAUUUAUUUUUGAGGUAAAAUGAUUGGAUUCUGCUGUGCAGUCGAAAGCUAGAUUGUAGGUUAUGAGCUUUAUUGUUAUUGAUACUCUGCCUGUUUGCAACCAUGUAUUAAUGUUUUGCGCUGCUAAAUUUCUCGAUUUUAGGUACACGUGCUUGUAUGCAGUAUCUUGGCUCAAUCUCUUUCCAUACCUUAAUUUUUGUUGAUUUUUUCAUAGAAUAUCUAGUUGUCAGUAGCCAAUUAUGAAGUUUUCCACGAAUAUUAUGCUGUCAGUUAGUUGGUGUGACUAAAUGAUCAAUCAAUUGAAGAUCAAAGAGUUAAGUUAUCUUGUAAUGUUAUUCGCUAUACUCACUAAUUGUAUCCAAAUUAGACAACAGUAUGCCUAGUAGAUGAUGGGUAUGGAGGCCACGAAUGUUCACAAUCAUUGAGUUGUCUUUGCCAUGUUUCCUUACAAAUACUGGUACAGUAUUUGUAGCAAAUACUGUAGCUUCACUGACGAAAAUGGCUUGUGAGAGGGCUAUUUGUCGCAAACGUUUCGAAGUAUGAUGUUGCUUUGAUAUCGUCUAUUAUAUGGCGAGUAUGUACUAUACUCACGAUGAUCGAAUCAACUGUAUGGUUAAGGUAAAAAUGUUUGAUGACCAAGAAACGAAUGUUUGCCUUCGCUUAUUUUCAUGGACAGUUAAUGAAUGGAAUUAACUCUUACAAACAAAACUUUUUUGUGGAGUUUUUUAAUGUGGUUAAAAAUCCAACAUAUUAUUGUCUGCAUAUUAGAUUGAGAAGAUGCAUGCUCUUCACUAGCCCUGUUUUGACAGCUGCCACUUGCCACUUUCGCACGGAAAUUUCCGAUGCAAUUCUUCUGGUGCGAGUAAGCUUUUAUAUAAGCUUAGCCCAACAGGCUUAUAUAUAAGUGGUGCCCAGUGGUUACAGUUCAGAGUACCAUGAUUGGCGCAGAGAGGCUGGGGUU